UGAGACAUCAAGUAAUGAUGAAGACGAUAUUGAAGAUUUUGUUUCUUCAUCAACAAAUACUCAAGAUCAGGAAGGUUCCAAAAAAUUACAUCCACCUGUACAGUAUAAAUACUGUUCUAAAAAAUUCAAACGUAGACUUGCAACCCGUAUACAAAAACAUACUAAUAAUUGUUUAAAUGCACCUGAAUCAGCAAAAACUACUAAAAAAUUAAAGUUGCAAGAUUCGGAUUUAAAACAACAAAAUACUAUA